AUGGCUGCAAGAGUGCUGCUGCAACGGCGCUCCCUGGCGCCGUUGGCCACAAUCGCGCUCGGCGGACUGGCUCUCGCUCCCGCGACCGUUUUGGCCGAAGGACCUGUGGACAAGAAGAAACCCAUCUACGAUGACUUCGAUGCCGUGUCUGCAAAUGACGCACCCGCCUCAACUGGUCCCUUGAAGGCUCUCCAACCCGCACAACCUCCUGCCACUUCCACCACUGAAGAAGAGCCCAAAAAGGAGAGAAAAGCCCGCGGCCCUUCACCGACGGACCGUAUCGCCGUCGAAAUUGGCAAAGCACGCAUGGCUCUGUAUCGAUUCGCCGUCUGCACCGAGAACAAGGUCAACGAGACGAUGGACUCUGCAUUCAACCUCGAGCAAUCCUUCACCAACACCAUUGCCUCGCUCGCACCGUCCCGCGAGUCUGGCGAGAAGCUUAUGCCAGGCACAAUCUACGUGCUGGUCGCCGCCAUGGCCGGCAGCAUCAUCACUCGUAACCGCAACAUCUUGCUGAGGAGCACGGUGCCUCUGGCGUUUGGUGUUGGUGCCGGAUGGACAGUCUUGCCCGUGACCAUGAGGAAUAUCUCUGAUUUGUCGUGGAAGUAUGAGCAGCGGUUCCCGGCUGUAGCGGAAACGCAUGUUAAUAUUAGGGAGGGCCUCAAGAAGGGCGUUAGCUUUGCCAAGGUGCAUAGUCGGAUUGGUGUACAGUAUGUGGAUGACAAGGUUACGGAUGCGAGGGAGACUGUAGAGGGCUGGGUGAAGCAGGGAAAAUAG